AUGGACUCAUCGAUGGUCCUAUCUUCUUACUCUUCUUCACGCUUAAAAUGCUCCCUCCCUAAUAAUACUCCGUCUAUGAUGAUCAUGUCAUCACCUCAGCCUGCGGCGGCGCUUCCUUUCCCAGGCCGCCUUGGUGGGGCAGCUUCCUUUGCGGAGUUCAGAGGAUUGAGGAUCCAAAUGGGUUCAAAGUUGUCAAGUUCCUUGGUCUCGAUUUGUACGAGGAGGAACCCUAAAGUUUUCUCUAGUAUUGUGUCUCAAGAUCAGGAGAUUGAUUUUGAUAUUCCAACAGUGACUGAUGAAACAUGGCAGACGCUUGUCAUUGAGGCUGAUGGGCCUGUGCUGGUCGAGUUUUGGGCUCCAUGGUGUGGACCCUGCCGAGUAAUCCAUCCAGUAAUAGUUGAACUAACAUCGGAAUAUGGUGGAAAGCUGAAGUGCUUCAAAUUGAAUACUGAUGAAAGUCCUUCUACCACAACCAAGUAUGGAAUUCGAAGCAUUCCAACACUCAUGAUCUUCAAAAAUGGGGAGAAGAAAGAUGCAAUUAUUGGUGCCGUGCCCAAAACCACACUAAUUUCCAGUAUUCAGAAAUUCUUAUAG